AUCUUUGGAAUUUUGCCCCCUUCAUUUCUACAACCCAGGCCCAACUUUUGAAAUUUAGGUGGGGUGGCGGAUCAGCUUUUCUCUAAUUUAACCCACUUUCUUAAUUUCAGAUAUUCCACAAAAAGCCCAUUAAUUCUUGCCCAAUUUUGCCUUUUAAUUAUUUGUCUUUUCCGCCGCUGUUGACUCAUUUGCAUUGAAUUCUUCCCCAAUGGCCUCCUCCUUUUGUAGAUCCAUCAAACCCCAUUUAAAUGUGUUUCUGGUAAUCGGUUUUCAGGCCUGUUAUCGUCAUUUCGAUGAUUUUCUAGAGGUUUUUAUGUGACAGAAAGGAUGAAAUUUGUUUCAUGAAGAGUUUGGAGGAAAACCCAACUUGGGUCUUGCAAAAAUAUCAUAUCCUUGCUGUUUUUGCCGGUAUAAACGCAUAUAGGUGUCUAUAAAACCAGAAUUUCAAGACGCAGACGCUGAAUUCUGAAUUUUGAGUGCUUUUCUACAGAAUUCCAUUUCCCCACCUUCUUGGGUUUGUUGGAAGAUGCUGCAUAAGGCUCCUUCAUUGGAGGAAGGCAAAGAUUCAUGUCCUAGACCGAGAAGGGAAUGGCCCGUAAAGUUUGUCAAGUUUUUCAUGUUGUUCGUGAUAUUGGGUUCUGCUUUUACAGUAGUUAGCAUGUAUAUGACUAAAUAUUUUGGAAAUCAGAGCAUGUUGAAUUCAAAGCCUGGGAUUUUGCCCUGCAUCGAACAGCCAAUAACAGAGAAUCUUGACCAUUGGAUCAGACCUGCAACUAAUUUGAUGCACAAGAUGAGUGAUGAAGAGCUAUUUUGGAGGGCUUCGAUGGUUUCUCGAAUAAAGAAGUACCCAUUUGAGAGGGUUCCUAAGGUUGCUUUCAUGUUCUUGACCAGAGGUCCUCUCCCUCUCUCUCCCCUUUGGGAGAAGUUUCUCAGUGGCCAUCAAAAGCUGUUCUCAAUUUAUAUUCAUGCUCUUCCAUCUUAUAAGGCUGAGUUUCCUCCCACUUCGGUCUUCUAUAGAAGGCAGAUCCCCAGCAAGGUAGCUGAGUGGGGUGAGAUGAGUAUGUGUGAUGCAGAAAGGCGACUUUUGGCAAAUGCUCUCCUUGACUUCUCCAAUGAGAGGUUUGUCCUCCUCUCGGAAUCAUGCAUCCCCAUCAUGAACUUCACCACUGUUUAUCACUACCUCAUGAGAUCACGCCACAGUUUUGUGGGCUCCUUUGAUGACCCCAGCGUAUAUGGUAGGGGCCGUUACAAUGAGAACAUGGCACCCGAAGUUAACAUUACUGAAUGGCGAAAAGGGUCUCAAUGGUUUGAGGUUAAUCGCAAGCUUGCAUUAACCUUAAUUGAGGAUACCACUUACUACCCAAAAUUCAAGAACUUUUGUCGCCCUGCUUGCUAUGUGGAUGAGCAUUACUUUCCCACCAUGUUUACCAUUAAGGCACCUUACCAUAUAGCAAAUCGAAGCAUCACUUGGGUUGACUGGUCUAGGGGUGGAGCCCACCCUGCAACCUUCGGUAAGGUUGAUAUUACAGUGGAAUUCAUUGCAAGAAUAGUCAAUGGGAAUGAGUGCAAGUACAAUAACCAAUCCUCUUCAGUUUGCUUUCUCUUUGCACGAAAGUUUGCUCCGAGUGCACUAGUGCCGUUGCUUGAUCUUGCGCCAAAGUUUAUUGGGUCUUAAAAGUUUCAAGGAAGAGUUAUCUAGUCAAAGAAGAUUGCUGAACAUCUUCAGGGUGGGUUCUGGAAAGCUUCUCUGAAGCUUGUUUUUUAAGUAACAAAUGCCAGAUCAUGUUUUCAACUAACCAAACUGAGUUUACCUGAAAAUCUUCUAUGGGGAGUCUUUAACUCCUGUGAUGGUCUCUUUGGAUCAAGGCCGAUGUAAGAAUCAUACAAAGGUAAGUUCAUAUAUUUUGAUCGGAAUGCUCAAGGCACAGUUGCAGGGCUCAUGUUCUACGUAUUGGUUAAUUUGUUUUUAAUAUGAGGUUCCACUCUCUGGCUCACUUGUGACAUGGUUAUUAGUUUCUCUUUGUCAAAAGGUGCAUAAAAUUUACCUUCUUUAUUGGAAUGGAAAUCACAUAUGGAGAUUCACUUCUAUGGAAA